GGACACAAUUAUGGAAACUCUGUACAUGCAAACGAACAGCCUCAUCCAGGAAACGCAGCAAUGUUUCCAGCGGCUGAACGAUUCACGGUUCGAUUCGAGUGAAAUUGAGCACGAUAUCGCAAUGAAGAUAACAACAGUUAAUGGCAACUGCGAUCGAUUAGACGUGCUGCUCUUCAAAGUGCCCGUGGCGCAGCGUCAAAAUGCAAAAAUGCGUGUCGACCAGCUUAAGUACGAUAUACGACAUCUGCAGGCCGCCCUGAAACUCUACCAGGACAAGAAGCAGCGUCGCGAGACGGAACUAGCGGAACGGGAAAGUUUGCUGAACAAACGGUUUACCGCCAACACCGAAACGUCGAUCGAUAUCGAUUAUUCACUCCAACAUCACAAUUCGAUGCAAAAUGCACACCGUGGUGUGGACGAAAUGAUCUGGACCGGAUCGAACGUUUUGGACGGCCUGAGAUCACAACGGGAAACGCUAAAGGGAGCACGCAAGCGGAUACUAGACGUUGGCAACACGCUGGGGCUUUCGAAUCAAACGAUGAAAAUGAUCGAACGGCGGCUCGUCGAGGAUAAGUACGUGAUGUACGGUGGGAUGUUCGUUACGACGGUUAUCAUCUGCUUGAUAGUUUACAUUUGGAUUCUUUAGCAAA